AUGACCAACCAAAUCAACAAGGAGCACUUGAAUUUAGAUGAAGAAAUCUUAGCUCCCUAUACCCACGUCAUUCAAAUUCGGGGAAAGCAACUUAGAGAACAAUUAGUGAGAUCCUUCAACUACUGGCUCAAGGUCCCUGAUAUUCAACUUAAAAAUGCAAUCGAUACCAUGACAAUGCUGCACAAUGCCAGUUUACUAAUUGAUGACGUCCAAGAUAAUACUCUAACCAGGCGAGGACUACCUUCAGCUCAUUGUGUAUAUGGAGUUGCGUUAGCUUUAAACGCUAGCGCUCAAAUAGCGAUGAAGGCUGUUCUUAAAGCCUCGGAACUCGUACCCAGCAGAGAAGGAGCUGAAAUAAUGGCAAAGCAGUUUAUAGAUACCCUUACCGGCCAGGGCUAUGAGAUCUACUGGCGUGACAAUUGCGUCUGUCCUGAUGAGAAGACAUAUCUUAAGAUGCUUACUCUCAAAACUGGUACCAUGCUUUUGAUUGGCGUAAAAUUGAUCCAGCUGUUCAGUGAAAAUCAGACAAAGUACGACGACUUUGUUAUGAAACUUGGGCUUUAUCUCCAACUAAGGGAUGACUAUUGCAAUAUGGGACAUGAGAAGGAUUUAGAAGAAAUGCCAGGAGAGGAAGACGUCAAUGCUGACAAAGAUGGGUAUAUCUUAGAAGAUAUAACAGAGGGCAAGUUCACGUUGCCUGCUAUAUAUGCCAUGAAGACUCCAGAAGGACCGCAACUUGCAACAUUAGGCGGUAAUCCUGUUUUGGAGAAGGUAUUGGAUGGUUUAAUGGGUUGGAAGAGUGAAAAAUGA